UAGGAAAGUGGUAAGCCGGAAAGAAAGAAGAACUUCCGGGGUGUUGGUGCAGAAGGAAACUCCAAAAAGCACAAUGUCAAAAAAUACGGGUGCUAGCAAGUUUAGAAAGGUAAAUGUGGAUGAAUAUGAUGAAGAAAACUUCCAAGAUAAUGAAGACACAGAUGUUUCUGAAGUUGGCCCCAACGAAAACGAAGUUGUCAACUAUUUGAACCAAUCUAAAAAUGUUGACGCACUAAAAGCUGUCUUACAAAACCCCCUGCAGGGCGGCAAAGAUAAAAGAAUGAAAGAUAAGAUAGUGCAGCUGGUAGUUCGAGUGCUGACUGCAUUUAAAACCAGUGAAAUUGAGAAGGGAGUUAGUACACUUGACAGCAAUGCAUUGGACAUUCUUAUGAAAUAUAUUUAUAGAGGAUUUGAAUUUCCCUCAGAAGGAAGUAGUGCGGCCCUCUUAACAUGGCAUGAAAAGGUUUGUAGAACACAUGUUCAGAUUAAUGAUAAUGUUAUUCUAAGGUUUUUCAUGUUGGCUCUGAUAGUAUAAUUAAUUUCAACAUUCUGAUUUAUAUGAAGAAAAGAUUUAGGAAAAUGCCAUCAUAACCAGCAGAUGUUAAUUAAUUUUUGUGGACGGGAUGAAAGACACACUAUAAAAUGUACUAAAUUUUUAUUGUGCCACUUAGUACAAUGUUAUACAUUUUUUUUAUUACUUUUGGAAUAGUUUUAAAUGGUUAUAUGUUUUAUUUGAGGUGAAUUAUAAUGUUAUCCCUCACAGGUGUAUGCUGUAGGAGGCUCUGGCUGCAUCAUCAGAGUUCUAACAGACAGGAAGAAUGUAUGAUGUCACACACACUCACACGAACAGUCAAACACAGCAAUACAUUAAACCAGGAUUAGAGUGUGUAUGUAAUCAAACAUGACUGUGAUGAUCCAAUCUGGAAAGAGAAAGACGGGGAAACAAUGUGAUAUUAAAGGAAAUCUCUGCAUCUCUUGAUUUAAAGCAUACGAAACUGAAUUUAUGAAAAUGUCCAUCAUUCCAAUUCCAUACCGCUAUGAUGAUUUUUUUUUAUUAUAAUUUUUUUUCCGAAGUAUUUCAAAUCAUGAGUCUUUUCUUUCUCAUAGAGUACUAGCACAUUUUAGUCUUUAAUAUGUGGUAUUUAAUCUUUUUAUGUUGAAAUAUUUUGUUAUUCUGAUAUUCAUUACACAUGUAUAAAAUGUCAUAUUUAUGCCACCUGCAACCAGUGGUCACCUGUAUUGAUUAUUGAAAUAAAUUGUUGAUACAG